GCAUCAAUCAUUUACUAGCUCCUACCUUGCUUCAUGACCAUCUCUAAGAAUCAAGAAGAGGCACCUGUCCCAGUUUCUCCCACUAUCUCCCACUCUCGCUUCUCCCUCCCAACUCUCACACCCCAUACUAACCUUUUUUCGAUCUUCACUUGUUACAGCCUUACCCCGAGUAUUGAUAGAAACCUACAAAGCCCACCCGAUUAUUCUCAUCGUGCCAAGGAAGGAGCCAAACAUGUCCAACGAGCACCAGAACAGGCACGCGGGCGUGGAGGUGCCCCAAACGAUCCAAGGCCUAGGGAGCGAGUCACCCCAUGCGGUGGCGGCAAUUAAUUCCACUGUUAACAAGAUAGCCACGAGCACAUUCAAACGCGACCAGGAAGACUUUGAUAAUCGCAUACACACGAUCACCUCGCAGCGAAUUAUUUCGUUCUUGACCUUGCGAACAUGCAUGCUCAACUUCCCCCCGCAGGCCCGGGUCCUCCCCAUAUCGGCGGCGGAACUCCUCGACCUCAAGGCGACCCCCAGGGACCCCAAGACGCUACACCCGAGCGCCGUCUCUCUCUCCAAGUUCUGCGUCGGACGGCAUGACAACCAAAGCACCACAGGUCGCAAAUGGAUGCAGCGGACGAUGGCGUACAUAGACCGGAUAUGCAGCCGCAUGUGGCGGCCGGCAAAGCGCGAGCGGCAGGACAUCCGCGACCAGAACAUCACCACAGCGGACGAGCUGACGCAGCUGUACGUCGACCGCUUCCCCGACGAGAUGGACAAGGACAGAGCGCCCCCGGCCUCGCGCAAGUGGGAGGUCCUCCUCCCGCGCCUCGUCACGUUUGUCCUGUGCGAGACCCCAGAAGCAGCGCCAUCACCUCCCUCUGAAGCACUGGCAGCCCCAUCAUCAACAGCAUCACCAUUGUCACCACACCCAUCCACAUCCUCAACAGCAGCGGUACUCCAGCCCAAGUCCAAACCACCCGGAAAGCGCAACGGCGGCAGGCACAGGCCCACACGCAAAGGCACAGGCGCAGGCACAGGCGCAGGCAAACUCGAACCCAACCCCCCCACACCACCCACAACCGCACUUAACCCACCGCCAAUAACCCCAACGGCGCCGGCGCCGCCCUCACCACAAAAGCGCGCAACAACACCCGUGAUGCGCUACCUCGCGACAGGGGAGCGCGACAGGCAGACGCGCGCCGAGUUCUGCGCGGCGCUGACGGCGGCGUUUGCGCCGUGCGAGCGGGUGCGCGCGCCGGACGUCGGCGGGCGGUGGGAGGCGCAUGCGGCGCAUGUGCGGAGGCGGUUUGUGGGGAGGUUCUUUUUGGAGGAGGGAGGGGGUGGGGUUGGGGUGGGGGGGAGCAUGGGGGACGGGUUGAAGGGGGUGGGGGGUAAGAGAGAGGUGGGGAAGAGGGAGGUGGUGCUGGUUGGAGGGGGGGUUGAGGGAGAUGAACAAGGGGAGGGGUCCACGGAGGCGGCGGCUGGGAACAAGGACAAGGGGAAGGGCAGGGAAGGGGAGAACCCGGAGCGGAGGUGGACGCUCGUUCGCGAGAUUGACGCCCCAGAACAACAACAUGAGCACGUACCCAUUGAGGAACCGGAGCGCACCAUGCUGGUGUUCGCCGCGGGCGUGUGCGUCCGGGACCGCGGGGGCGUGGGCCUGGUCACCAAGGACACGACCCAUUUUCACGAGUACCCCGAGUGGCAGAGGGUGCACGACGCCGAGGCGCGCUUGUCGAACGCCGCUGCAGAACAGUCUCUCCAGCCGGCGGAUGUACGCCUGGUUGGGCUGUGCGCCGCCGCGCUGAAGAAACCCAUGCGCGGCUACGGCCGGAGUGUGCAGCAGCCGGGGGAGUAUACGAUGGCGUGUUCCUUGCUUGGGGGGACCUACAGCAUGCCGCUGGAGCGUCUACCCUUGGAUAUCGACCCGGGCCAAUUUGGCUUCGUCGAUUCUCGGUACCGGCCUUGGUGGAAGACUGAGAAUGAUAAGUGUUCGGAUGAGGAGUAUGUCAAGAACUACAAGCGCGUUCGUGACAUGCAGGCGGAGGGUGGGAUCAACGAUCAGACAGCCUCUGGGAGUGUGGACAUUGGGAAGGACGCGAAGGGUGAUGGGAAGAAGGAUGAUAGGGGAGAGGAUAAGAAUAACGAUGAAGCUCUGAUGGGGGAAGUGGAGAAAAAAGCCGUCCGGCGCGAGCCCGUGUACGAGCCCGUGUUCGACUCCGACUCCGAGCUCGAGGCUGAGCCUGCAGAGACAAGCCAGCAGGCGAUGACUACCGGCACCGGCGCUGGAAGCACAAACGUUCCCGCCGGCCCUGAACAAGAGUCGACGAGCCAAGAACCCGCACCCAAGACUCGCCUCCAGGCCACCCCCAACCGUGUAGCGGCCCGGGCGCUCCUCGCGGCAGUGCAGAUCACGCCGUUUGACUUCGGCCACUGUGCUCGCCUGGUCAUCGCGACCGAUUCGGAGCACGCCAUCGAGAUGGCCACCAACCGGCUGCAGAAUAUGCUCGAGAGGGGGCUGCCCUUCCGCACGGUGCGCGGUCAGCCCGUCGAGGACGAGGACAUCUGGUGGGCUUUUGCGGGGGCCGUCAAGGACCUGGCGUAUCAGGGGGUUGAGGUCGCGAUCGUGCGGUGUCGGGAGGGGGAGGGGAUCGAGUUGCCGAUAAGCGAUGCUGAAUGUGGUGUGGAGGGGGCCAGCGACGAGCGCCCGAUAUUUGGGAUGACCACUGCCAUCAGCGUUGCGAGGCAUGCUGCCAAAGAGGCGGUGCGACGGGAUAUAGAGGCUAGGAAGGCUGCAAAGAAGGGGAAGAUGGUAAGGGGUGGUGAUGACGAGUUUGAGAGAGUGAUGGGUUUGUUUGUGUGAGAUUGUGUUUUGUCUUUUUCUUUGUUGGUAUCUUGUCCCCCAGCGUUAAGGUGUUGUCUU